AUGAGUCGCAAAUCCGUCGGCGAGCUCAGCAGAUAUCUGCUCGAGGGCCGUCUAUCCCAGCGAGGAUGCAUUAAUGGCCGGCGGCUGUCUUCACGAACAGUGCCCGUCUGGUCGUCUCUUCGUCCGCCUUAUGCCCUGCGGCAUCUCCAUACGCAGCCCGAACCAGCAGCAGCAGCAUCAUCAUCAUCAUCGUCACAGCUAACCCAUGUCCCGCUACGGAAGCAGCUCAAGGAGCAGGCCAAGCAAGCCAAAAAACAAGGCAAAAAGAAAUCCAAGGGCGAUUCCCAAACCGUUGACGGCUGGGAGCUAACCGUCGGAAUCGAGAUCCAUGCCCAGCUCAACACGUCUCGCAAGCUGUUUUCGCCAGCCGCAACCUCCUUCAACGAUGAGCCAAACAGCCACGUGGCGCUGUUUGAUGUUGCAAUGCCGGGCAGCCAGCCGUUGUUUCAGAAAGAGACUCUGAUUCCGGCUAUUCGGGCAGCACUCGCCCUCAACUGCGAGAUACAGCCCGUCAGUCGGUUUGACAGGAAGCAUUAUUUUUGGUGGGACCAGCCUUCGGGAUAUCAGAUUACGCAAUUCUACGAGCCGUUUGCUGCAAAGGGACACAUUACGCUCCUUGCUCGUGAUGGCAUCUCUGCGGAGGAUGGCGAGAGCGUCACUGUCGGUAUCAAACAAGUACAGCUCGAGCAGGACACGGCCAAGACCCUCGCACAGACGGGAAGCGUUCACUGGCUAGAUUUCAACCGUGUGGGCGUGCCCUUGAUUGAGAUAAUCACCGAGCCUGAGAUCCAUCACCCUCGCACGGCUGCUGUGUUUGUGCGCAAAAUCCAGCUGCUUCUCAACACCGUGGACUCGUGCGUUUCUGGGAUGGAGACGGGCGGUCUCAGAGCUGAUGUCAAUGUAUCUGUACGGAGGACCGACGACCCUAGCAAGAAGCUUGGCACCCGUACAGAGAUUAAAAACUUGAGCACGAUCAAGGCCGUGGAAGAUGCCAUCAUUGCCGAGCGCGAUCGUCAAAUCCAACAGUUGGAGGCAGGCGGCGUGAUUGCUGGCGAGACGCGUGGCUGGACAAUUGGAUCCAAGGAAACCCGUCGUUUGCGUGGUAAGGAGGGCGAGGUUGAUUACCGGUACAUGCCCGACCCUGACCUACCGCCGCUUGUCAUUGGGAACGACCUUGUGCAACGUCUGCAGGCAUCGCUUGCUGUUCUGCCGGAUACCGAGCUUGACAAGCUGGUUAAUCACUAUGGCCUCACGCCCAAGGACGCCCUCUCACUCAUCACACUGGACAAUGGAUCGCGUGUGCAGUACUUUUAUCGCGUCCUAGCUUUGCUGGAGAGUAACUUGCAGGCCGAGCUUGACAUUGCGGAGCUUCCCGAGGUCAAGUCGUACUCAACAUUGGCGGGGAACUGGAUCCUUCAUGAACUCGGCCGCCUGACGACCUACAAAGCCGGUCCGCUUGCGUCGGGAGACCUGUCGUUUACCCAGCUCGGGGAGUGCGCUCAAGUAUCCGAGGAGGAACUGUCGCAGCUUCUAUAUCACCUUUAUCGCAAGCACAUCACGGGCAAAGUGGCAAAGGAGCUUCUCAUGGCCGUAUACUUGGGCGAACUUGAGGGCGGAAUUCUGGAAGCCAUCAACAGCAACGACCUGUGGUUCAAAGAGAUUUCCCAGGAAGAGUACGAAGCCCUUGCUGCCGAGGCCGCCGCGGGUGAGGACAAGGUGCUGGAAGAAUUUGCCGACGAGCAAAAGUAUCCCCAGGGCAAGCUCAUGUAUCUAGUGGGCAAGAUGAUGCGCCUCGGACCCACCGAGAGGAUUGAUCCCGCAGUGGCAGAGAACGCGAUGAGGCAAUGGAUCGAAAGAUUCCACGGUAGGUGA